AUGCAAAUGCCACCGACAAUGGGGUGGAAGGUUUUGAUUCUCGGACUUUUAACAUCUCGUAUUGCUCAUGCAGCUUCACGAGAUCAAUGGAUUGGGCGGUCAAUCUACCAGGUGGUCACCGAUCGCUUCGCUCGAUCCGAUAACUCAACUACUGCUUCCUGUAAUGCAGGACUGGGGAAGUAUUGUGGUGGAAGUUUGCAGGGCAUCAUAAACAAGCUGGAUUAUAUUCAGGAACUCGGGUUCGAUGCAGUUUGGAUCUCUCCAGUGCAAAGCCAGGAGCCAGAACGAACCGCAGAUCUCUCAGCAUACCAUGGAUAUUGGCCAAACGACCUGUACUCGAUCAAUCCCCAUUUUGGCACUUCCGAUGACCUUCAAACGUUAUCCGCAGCGUUGCACGCCCGUGGCAUGUACUUGAUGCUGGACAUUGUCGUUGGUGACAUGGCCUGGGCCGGAAAUGCCUCCACUGUCGACUACAGCACGUUCAAUCCAUUCAAUGAUCAGAAGUAUUUUCACGAUUACAAGCUACUUUCUGAGGAUCCCGCAAAUGAAACCUGUGUUCUGGAUUGCUGGAUGGGAGACAACACUGUAUCGCUUCCAGAUCUGCGAAAUGAGGAUCAGGAUGUUCAGCAGAUGCUGGGCACCUGGGUUUCGCAGCUGAUUUCGAACUACUCCGUUGAUGGUUUGCGAAUCGACAGUGUCUUGAAUAUCGCCCCCGCCUUCUUCACCAAUUUCGGCAAUUCAGCGGGCGUGUUCACUAUGGGCGAAGGAGCCACAAAAGACGCAUCCGGUUACUGUUCUCUGCAGCCCAAGAUAAGCGGGCUUCUAAAUUAUCCGUUGUAUUAUAUCCUCUCAGAUGCCUUCAACACGACGAAUGGGGACCUGAACACAAUCAUACAGUCUAUCGACUACAUAAAGACACAUUGCAAGGACGUUACUUCGUUGGGAGUGUUCACAUCGAAUCAGGAUGUCCCUCGCUUCGGCUCUUAUACGUCAGACAUAUCGCUGGCUCGCAACAUUCUCACAACCAGUAUGCUCGCUGACGGUAUCCCUAUUCUCUACUACGGGGAAGAACAGCACCUGUCAGGUGGGUUCAACCCUGUCAACCGGGAGGCCCUAUGGCUUACCAAAUACUCAAUGAACUCGACCUCCCUACCUUUGCUGGUCCAGUCGUUGAAUCGUAUACGAUCAUAUGCGAGCGGCGACGGAGAAAAGUCCACGGUGGCCCCGAAGUUGGGGAGUGACUAUUUGUCGUACCUCUCAUUACCAAUCUACAACUCAACAAACAUUUUGGCCAUGCGCAAGGGAUUUACCGGUAACCAGGUUGUGAGUGUGGUGUCCAACCUGGGAGCCAAGCCAGCCGCCAAAGCCACCACUAAAAUCACGCUUGGCUCCGACGGCACGGGAUUUUCAUCUGUACAAAAUGUGACUGAGAUCUUUUCCUGCAAAACAUACUUGACUGAUCAAAGCGGAAAUAUCCAUGUGGACCUCAGCUCGGAUGGAGGGCCUCGGGUGUACUAUCCUACUGAAAGCCUGAACCGCAGCACUAAUAUUUGUGGAAAUCACGCCAUUGGUCAAUCAUCGACAGCCUCGUCAACAAAGACUUCCACCGGCGCUGGGAUUUCUUUGUUAGGCUUGUUGUGGGAGACGAGAACAUUGAUCUUCACGGCCGCAUUGGCUUUGUCCUACAUCUCCAUCUAA